AUGAAACAAUCAGAUAGAAAUAUACAACGCACCCUUCCAUUCGAUAUUUCCCUCAAAAUCGCAUCAUCUCUUCAGGUAUUGGAUUUGUGUUCAUUGGGUAGUUGCUCUCAGUUUUGGAGGGACUUAUGUGGGUCUGAUUCUAUAUGGGAGUCACUUACUAAACAGAGAUGGCCUUUGCCUCUUCAUUCUUCUUCUUUGGAACCCAACACCAAGGGGUGGAAGGAGAUUUAUAUAAGAAUGCAUAGAGAGAAGGCGGGUAGAGCUGCCGAAGUGGUUGGGUUUGUGGAACAAUGUUCUCUGUCCGAAUCAAUUGAUGUUGCGGAAUAUCAACAAGCAAUUGAAGAUUUGAGUUCUAUGCAGCUUUCUUUUGAAGAUGUGCAGAUGUUCCUUUUCAAACCAAAGUUUAAUGUGCUACUUAACUUGGUUGGCUUGCACUACUGCAUUUUCUGCCUUGAGAUGCCGGCUGGCCAAGUUAUGGACACACUGGUGGGUUGCAACAUCUUAGAGCGUAAAGUGUGUGUUAGAUGGUGGAAGCUAGGCAGAUGGUUUUAUGGCUUCCGCAUGAGGGACGAAUCUCAUUCUCGUUGGGUUUCUUUAGAAGAUCUUCUAACAGGAAAAGGGGAAGAGGUCUUGGGAGUCCUCCGCCGAGGUGCUGUUUAUGAGGUGUUUCGUGUUGAGAUCUCCAUGUCAAAUCCAACAUCCACUUCCUGGUAUUGUCAAAGCACUCAGGGACAAGAUUAA